AUGGAAUAAAAAUUCCUUAGAUUUUAGAAGCAUCAUUUUGUUUUGCAUUAGCUGCUCUGUGUUAAGUUAACAUGGGAGAAGAAAAAAAAGAAAAGAAAGAAAAGAAAGAGAAGAAAGAGAAAAAAGAAAAAGAGGAGGAUGCAGGAGCUCCAGCAGAGGAUAAAAAAGAGACAGCGAGUAGUGGAGGCGGUGGUGGUGGUAAACGAGCUCAAAGAGCUACUUCAAAUGUUUUUGGAAUGUUCCCUCAGAAUCAAAUUCAAGAAUUUAAAGAGGCCUUUUCGUUGAUCGAUCAAAAUCGUGAUGGAUUUAUUGAUAUUGAAGAUUUAAAAGAUAUGUAUGCAUCAUUGGGUCGGACACCAACUGAUAAGGAAUUAAAAGAAAUGUUAGAUGAAUCACCUGGCCCAUUGAAUUUCACAAUGUUUAUCAACUUAUUCGGUGAAAAACUAAAUGGUACUGAUCCUGAAGAUGCACUACGUAAUGCUUUUGCAAUGUUUGAUCCAGGGAACAAACGAUAUUUAGAAGAAGAAUAUAUUAAAGAUCUUUUACAAAAUAUGGGCGAUAAUUUUUCUGCUGAAGAGGUGAGUGAUUGAAACUGAAUAGUAGUAUUUUAUUUGAAUAAGUAAUUGUAUAGUAAUUUGUCAUUUAAGUUUUAGAAUUCGAAAUUGUUUAGGUUAAAUAAAACAGAUAUAAGUUAAGGAGUGUGUUAUUAAAGAACAGCUUAUAGCGAACGAGAACACAAGUGGGGAUAACCAAAUAAAUAUUAAUGCGAAAUUAUAGAACCUCUUAGUAAAAUAUGAGAACCAUAAUAUCAAAAUAUCAGUCAAUAGUCCCAGACUUCAUUGUUCUUUCAUUUCCACACCAAUCAUUCUCUAUUCUCAUUUUCUUUUCUUUGAUCUUCUUAACCUUCUUACGCCAGACAUUUCACUUUCGAUCGACGAUACAUACUACUUAUAUCUGUCGACAUCAGUAGCACACACCACAAGGUAAUGUAUGAAAUAAAUAAAUGAAUAAACCAAUGCACAUGUAAAAUAUUUUUGCCAAUUAAUCUUGCACUAGACUCCAUUUUCUAAAAUGUAAUAUAACAUGGAUUUAUGCUAAUAAUUAUAUUCUAAUUAUAAUGUUUGCAUACUGAGCUUCAAGUAUCUAUUCUUUGGUAAUUAUGUCCAAAAUUCAAAUUGACUGCAUAUUUGAGGGUACGGAAGAAAAUUUUUGUGACUACAGAAUGAAGUUUGUACUAUUUUACCGAUUUUAUCCUUAGAUUUCCCUUUUACCUAUUUAUCAAUGAUGUAGUUACAGGAUAACUUCCCGUUCAGAUUAUUGUUUAAAAUUAGAGAAUACUAAAUUGGGUGCAGUUUAUUUCAUAAAACUAUAUGGAUUUAGACUAAGAUCAGAGAACAUUGGACAACUAUCUAACACAAAUUUCAAAAACUUUUCACUUAUUUAAAUAAAUCUGAAUCGUAAUUUAAAUAUAUGUUAUGCAAACAUUUUAUUCCCACUCUAUGUAGAUAAGACAAACGUGGAAAGAAGCUCCAAUCAAAGAAGGCAAAUUGGAUUACGAUGGAUUUGUGAAUCUCAUAAAGAGAGGCAAUCAAGACAUUUAGGACUAACAUUUCCAUAGAAAGGGUGAAAAAUAAACUAAAUUCAUUCCCUUGCAUAUUCAAUCCCUUUCCCAUUUAUUUACCUAUUUUCACGCUAUACCAAAUACAUGCUUUCCCUCCUCUGUUUUGUUUUAGUUUCGAAAAUAUCGAUGCAUGUAUUAGAUUUCUUUUAUCUUUGAUAGUUCAUACUAUUAUUAUUAUGCAUGAUUAGUAUAUUAUGUAUGAGAGUUAUUCGAUUCUUUAUUUCCUGAUGGGAUGUCUUUUUAGUUUCAUUUCCAUUGAUUGAAACCUUUCCAGCUCUUGUCAACUAUUAAUUCCGUGCUGUGCUUUAGUUGUUGUGACCUUUACAAUCUAACUUAUGAGAUGAAGCGUAUUAACGGAUCCAUUUAUAGUUAAACGAGGACAGAUACUAGUUAUUUUCAGAUCUGUUAACUUCUGGUGCUCGACUGAUCAAAAUGCCUUAUGUCUCAUAAUCAAUCUGCUUACUUCGUCAUUCAAAAACCGCCAUUCUGCCAUUGGUUAUACUUAUUUGAAAACGACCAGGUUCUUAAUGGACCAGAUCUCUAUAGUCUUUUGUAUCUAUCCUUCUUGUUUUUGAAUAUCUCUUCACUUUAUGCUAUUCUUAAAAAGUGUGCUUGAAAAAAGAAACUUCGAUUUAGCAUUGAAACUUUUCGUCACCGAUUCCCGUAUCAAGCAUUUACUCAAAGGAGAGGACAUUCCAUUCAAAUGUCCAAGUUUGUGUUUGGUUUAUUGGCGACACAAAAUGGUCCUUAGCAUAUACAUUUUUCAGGAGCAUAGACUUACAAACAACACGAGAAGAAAUGUUUCUAGUUUUCUCAAGAAAAGCCUGGACGGUGUAUAUCGUAGGUUAAUUUCAGUAGCUAAUAAACAAUAUCAAUCAUUGGGCAAAAGUGAAAUGAAUAUUUUUUCUGCUGGAGACUAACUAAUUUCGUUGUGUUAUUCUCCAUAAAUUAAGCGUUGAUCUUGAACGGUGAUGUUCCCAGGUAAUUUGAAUAUCACUGAUUAAGGUGUUUUCAAUAUGGGUUGGUUCAUUGCAGUCGAAAUGAUUUUUUUCAUACAAGAAUAAAAUAUUUAUUCACAUUACUUCCUAUAUGUGUGCUUGACGUGACAACCCCUUUUCUUAAACUUUCAAUGUUUGUUUCUUGUUAUUUAUGUUAAUGUUCUGUCCCUAUGUAUUACUUGUACACACUAUUAUAUGAAACUGUUGAGUGUUAUCCACGUUUUAUAUCUUUCAUUUUUGCUUUACCAUUGUUUCAAUACACUAAUCAUUUGGUUGGUGAUUUUUAGUUACCUGUGUUAUGUAUAUGAAGGAUAAGUAUAGCAGAUUAAACGAAAAAAUUAGGAUGUUCAACAUCGAACCGGACAUAGUUGUGACAGACUGUUACAUGUAAUAAUUUACUGAAUGAAAAUAGGAUAAACAACGAAGAGGCUUUUUAAAUUAACACUUCAAGGAUCUUUGAACAGACGUACCGACAGCUAGAUUUUUAUGUUAAUAUGAAAAUAUCUUCUUCAACUGUUCAAAAAAAUCUCCAAAAGUAUUAUGAUAACUGUAGUUUACGGUGGUUCAUUGGCAGAAUACCCUCGUUUAAGAACGUCUUCAAUAUGUCGUGAAGGACUUUUAUACCGGAAACGUGGCCGAAUAGAAUGAAUAAUUUUAUCAGAACGACGGCAUGUGUUAACAAGAUUAGAUCAGAAAGAAACACGGUUGGACCUGUAGUGCCGUACUUUAAUAAUAGUUCACUUCGAUAACCGUUAUUAUACCAAUCUUAACAGCGUAUAAAAUCAGAAGGCAAAAGGAAGCAGUAACUACAUUUUUAUUGAUGAAUGCUGCAGACCAGAAAGCUGUGGGCACAUGAGCAAGUGUAAGCGAGCAAAGCGAAGAUGAUGCAUAGUGGAGAUGGCUGGGAAGUCAACUCGAUAUGAGCAAGCAUUACUCAAUAUUUAUAAUCAGACAAAAAUGAAUGACAGACAUAUGAUGAGUAGGAUACGAAGGGUACACAUAUACGCUCAUAUAAAAAUAUAGUCAAGGUUUAUAAGCAAAUGAUUAACAAGAUCAAAACAUGACUCAUAAUGGAUAGGCUAAUUGGCUUGGCCAGAAGCUAGUAUAAAGUAUAUGAGCUUAACAUAUAAACUGAUACUACAGUCCAUUAACAUACCAGCCAGCACAUAGUGUGACAUUGAAUAAAUGGCGUGAUAUAUAAGCGAAAAUAUUGUUUUCGAUUAGAUCCUC